AUGGCGUCCCACCUGGGUGAGCCUGAUGGGCCGGCCGAGGCAUACGAGCCGGACGGGACGGCUGAGGCUGAGGUGUGGGAGCCCGACGAGCCGGCUGAGGCCUGGGAGCCUGAUGGUGUUGAGGUUUGGGAGCCUGACGGGCCGGCUGAGGCAUGGGAGCCUGACAGCCGACUGAGGCGUCGGAGCCUGACGAGUCGGUUGAGGCGAGGGAGCCUGACGAGCCGGCUGAGUCAUGACGUGGGGUGGGAGCCUGCCGAGCCAAGGAAACCUCUUGAGCUAGCUAAGGCGUGGAAGCCCGACGAGCCAGCUGAGGCAACCCAGGUUCUUUCGACAGCGGCACCCGGACCCGACGUCACCAACAAACAAAAAACAAAACUCCCUGAUGCUUCCAAUAUCGGUGUCAGCAAUCUGUGUGGUCAGACGCUGGUAGACGAGAAGCAACCUCUUCAGAUUGACGACAACUUCUGCGGCCAGGACUUUAACCAGCCGCUGGGCGGGACCAGCACCAUAGAAGGGAUACCGCUCUUCAUCGACAAGGAUGACGGCCUGACCUCUGUGGCCGCCUACGAUUACCGCGGCAACACCGUGGCCUUCGCCGGCACGCGCAACGGCAGGAUAAAGAAGAUCCUGGUGAAUUCGGCGAGUCCCACGCGUCCAGCUCUGCUCUAUGAGAACGUGGUGGUGAGUGACGGCCCCAUUCUCCGAGACCUGCUCUUCUCCCCGGACAUGCAGCACGUCUACACACUCUCCGACAAACAGGUGAGCAGGGUACCAGUGGAGAGCUGUGAGCAGUACACCACCUGUGGCCAGUGUCUGGGCUCCAAAGACCCCCACUGUGGCUGGUGUGUCCUUCACAACGUGUGUUCCCGUAAGGUCGGGUGUGAGCGUGCGGAUGAGCCCCAGCGCUUUGCCUCGGACCAGCGUCAGUGUGUGGAGCUCAGCGUCCAGCCCAAAAACAUCUCUGUCACCAUGUCCGAAGUGCAGCUGGUGCUGGAGGCGCGUAACGUCCCCGACCUCUCUGCGGGGGUCAACUGCUCCUUCGAGGGCUACGUGGAGACCGAGGGGCGCAUCCAGGGGGGUCGCAUCUACUGCCUGUCCCCCUCGGCCCGUGACGUCAUCCCCAUCACCCGCGACAAAGGGGACAAACGGGUGGUGAAGCUCUACCUCAAGUCCAAGGAGACGGGCAAGAUGUUCGCCGGCGUGGACUUUGUCUUCUACAACUGCAGUGUGCGCGCGUCGUAAGUUCUCUUAACACUUUG